CAGUCUGAGGAUAUCUCCGUGAGCGGAACAGAAGCGGGACUUGCAAAAUGUGGAGACUGCACAUUUUUCACAAGGAAAGAAAUUCUGAGGCUGUUUUACAGGUACCGAGAUCUGGCUCCGCAGCUCGUCCCCCUCGACUACUCUGCCAGCCCAGCCGUGACUCUGCCCUACGAGCUCAUCGGCAGCAUGCCAGAGCUCAAGGACAACCCAUUCCGCCAGCGGAUAGCAGAAGUGUUCUCAGAGCACGGAGAUGGCAAUAUGACUUUAGAUGAUUUUUUGGACAUGUUUUCUGUGCUAAGUGAAAUGGCUCCCAGAGACCUGAAAGCUUAUUAUGCUUUUAAAAUUUAUGACUACAACAAUGAUGAUUACAUAUGCAAAUCAGAUCUAGAGAAAACUGUUAACAAAUUAACCCGAAAUGAACUGACCCCGGAAGAAGUCAGCCUUGUGUGUGAAAAGGUGAUUUAUGAGGCUGAUGUGGACAACGAUGGCAAGCUGUCCUUGGCAGAUUUUCAGCAUAUGAUCGUACGAGCUCCCGAUUUCCUCAGCACCUUUCAUAUUCGAAUCUGAAUCUAGUCAACCAUGGCAACGGGAGCACUUCUGGGGCUUUCAACAGCUCUUGAGAUAACCAGCCAUGAGAGCACAAGAUGAGAGGGGCAAAGAGGACAACUUCUGGCAACAGAACCACUCAGAGAACUGUCUUUCAUUUCUCUCUUUCAAGGGAACAAUUAAUUAAGCUCUUCAUCAGGAAUUUCCCUGCAAUUUAGCAAAAUGUCUACUCCCCACUCUCAGCUAGAGCAAACCUGGCCUGGACAGUCAGAAGGGAAGUAUUUUUUUUUAAAGUUCAGACACCACCAGGUAGUAAAGGAACUUGUAUCAAACUAUAACCUCUAAAAAUUCGCCCAAAAAUGUCUUAACCAGUAAAAAAAUCCCUUUAGUUUCCAAAACCUAAGUAACUCCUCUGAUUACUUAUGGUCUUAAUAAACUGUCCAGUGAAUCAAUUCCUGAAGUAUUCUCCCACAGUGCAGGAUUUACAAUGAAAAAGUC